AUGUCCGCCAUAAAGCAUGGCCAACGAGACCAGGCCCGGUACGCAAGGAAACACAGUGUCACCCUGAAAGAAGCUGCGCCCAGAGAACUGCAUGGCUAUCAGCUGAUACCAGACCAGGUCUUUGAGGAGACAGAUGUGGAUCUGGCUAAGAUGUUUCACAACCAACUCCGCAUGCCCGUCCAGCUGGAGACCGCGCCCGAAAACGGACUGCGGGACACCGGUGAGAGGCUGCUGAUUGCCGGAUCCCUCGACCCCCGAAUGUACACUCCUUACGCCUGGUGCUAUGACACGCCGGGACUGGAGAACCCCCAGCAGACCCUCAACUAUCUGUCACCCAAGCAACUCUCGGAGUACCUGGCGUGGACCUCAGGCAAGAAAUUUAGUCUUUACCGUCCGGAAUUGCGAUUCAUACUUCCGCGAACUUUCGUCGUUCGCUCUGGGCUCACAAUGCUGGUUGGCCGUCUCGGUAGACUGGAUGUUGUCUCGCGUACACCACCAUUGUCAGUUGGACACCGAGUUCUGCUAACUCGAACCAACCGUUACCAUGACGCAUGA